ACGGUUCCUAUCAUUGGUCCCUGGCUAAUCGCCCGUAGCUUCAAUUCACAGAAACUUUUUCUUUAGCAGACAGACACGAGACCACUUACAAGCAAUUGCUUUAUUCCCCGCCAACCGUGUCGUGUCGUGUCUCAAACCCGCCCAGUGCGUUGGCAUGAGGUGAUCUGCGCUAUCUCAAAAUGAAGAGAAUACGGCUGCACAGGUUAUCGAGUCAAUUACUCUCUACAACGCCCGCGAGGCCACCUCCUAGUUCGACAAGGAUAUGUCGAGCCGCCCAAACUUCCAGAUUACAAGCUCCUCUAUGCUGUCAAAGGAGAUGGCAGACCACAGCAUCUGAGGCUGCUCCCGAAAAUAUAAACGAUGCUGAAGAACUUCCCAUACUACCACCGGAGGAGGAACACAUAGCACCAUUGCCAUCCCCGCCUCCGGAGCGAGCCUUAUACUCGGCCAAGCUUGCGGCUCUGCAUGCGCGACUCUCUCUUUCCUCCAAAAUCCCCUUACAGACGCUCGCCCGAGCCCUUAUAGACCCUUCAGCCGACGCAGACCCCCGCUUCAACAAUGCGAAUCUUGCAUUUGUGGGCGCAUCCAUCCUCCAGUACCAUACCUCGGAAUUCCUCAUUACCCGGUAUCCCCGCCUGCCCAUGGCCAUUCUCUUCUCCGCCAUGAAGGGCUACGCCGGCGUGCCGGCCCUGCACCAGAUCGCACGUGCCUGGGGUGUAGAAGCGGCCGCCGCGCCCGGCGAGGAGGUGGACCCGGGGUUAUUGCAGUUUUCGCACGACAAGCCGACGGUCAUGAUGAGCAAGUGGGGCUACGUGCGUGCCGAGGCGAAAGAAAUCCAGAAAUACAAGUGGCGCCGGGGUCUAAGCAGUUCGGUCUUGUACGACAAUGCAUUCGGUGAGAUGGUCACGAAGCAGAACCAGCCGAAAGAAGGGGAAGACCUUGAGGUUAGUAAGGCGAGAAACACAAAAGAUUUAACCGUCGACAACCCGGUGGGGAAUGCGAACGCCAACUUCGUGCGCGCGGUUAUUGGCGCCAUCUAUCUGUACUGCGGGCGGGAUGCCGCCAAGACCUUCGUGAAGGCGCACGUUCUUUCUCGGACGCUCGACCUCUCUAACAUGUUCGAAUUUAAGACGCCAGCAAGGGAGCUGGUUAGGCUAUGCGCGAGGGAGAACUUCGACGCCCCCGUCGCGAGGUUAUUAAGCGAGACGGGUCGUCUGAGCAGGACGCCCGUCUUUGUUGUGGGCAUCUACAGCGGGCGAGACCUGCUAGGCGAGGGCGCAGCUAGUAGCCUCGACGACGCGAGGAUAGCAGCCUCCAUCAAUGCGCUAAAGGCGUGGUAUCUAUAUAGUCCGGUCGACACCGCAGUGCCGAGCGAUACAUUUAUGGAGGAUGCCGCUCCGUUCAAGCCGGUGUACGUUGAUAUCGGUGAGGUUAUAUCAGCGUAGUCUCCGGCCUCGGAAGAGUUUCUACGCGAGAGCGCGUACGGAUUAUCCGUUACGGAGAGAGAAUAGAGAAUCGUUACUGGAUAAUGGCACCGGAGGGGAUCAUACGCGGGGGAAAAGGGAUGAUGAUACCUAGCUGCUACGGAACUCAUGAGGGUGGAUUCAGGGGCCGGCAUACCACGUGUGUCAUUGUACUAUAUUCGAGAACCGCGAGCAUAAAUGGCCCAUGUAGAACAUACGAAGACAGCACCACCCACAACCACUCUUCGGCCGAGUGUAAAUAUCUACUUGCAUGAUUCAAUUAUCCUUCCUUUCUUCUAAAUCCGUUUAAGUGUUUCCAUCCCCAUCUAUCUGAUCGGUAGGUAGUCUAUCUUUUGUAUAUAAGGAAGUAUGCAAAAGGGAAAAAAAGGGGGAGGGGGUAAGUUUCGUGGUUGAUAGACCGAAUUCGCGCAGCAAAUUAGCUGAAAUGAUCGCCCUCCCCUAACCUAUCUCCGAUGCCCAAGCGUACUAAGCGCCUAUAUGCCUCCUCCUUAGCAGCGGCCUCACGUUCCUCGCGUAGCUUCUUCUUACGCUCGUAGACGGCACGUACGCAGCGGCGGAUGCGGUCCUUACCCUCAUCGAAGUUGGCGCGCGCGAGUGCCACUACCUUAUCGACCUGCUCUGGGGUGUAGACGAAGUU